AUGAAACUAAUAAAAACUUAAUAAUCAAUUAAGAUUGACUAAAUAAAAUAAUCAUACUAAAAAAAGUAAAUAUUCUAGUCAUAAAAUUAAAGUGACAGCUAAAAUUAUAUUUCCUUUUAAAAUUAAGUAAUAUAGAAGAAAUUAACUGAUGAAGAAUCAUCUAAAUAAUAUUGGAAUAAUGACUCUCUAGAAUUUUUAAAUGAAAAAACUUCUUGGAAUCACAUAUAAAAAUUAAAAUUUGAUAACUAUUAAUCAAGAAGUCCAACAACUUUAUAUAAUAAAAUAAGAUAAAGGUAAAAAUCUAUUUUUUCUCCAGCUGCAAGUGAAAAGAAAAUUUUAAAUUUCAAUUCUGAAAAAGUUUUAAAUCUUGAAUAAAACCAUCAACAAAUUUAACCAAGAAAGAAACAAUUUUCCUAUUAAUAAAAAUUAAUAGAUAGCAAUACUUCAAUCACUUAAAGUGUUAAAAGAUUAAAGAAAACUAGUAUUGAUACUUAGCUACAAAAAGAAUGUAGUAUAGAGAUUAUGUAAAAUGCUAAAAUUUAAGACAAAUUUGAAGAAAAAGAUAAAAUUCUUAAAGGUCUGAAGCCAUUAUUUUUAGAAAUGAAAAUAAUUAAAAAGGUUUUCUAAGAUUUAGAGAUGUUAAUAAAUUAUUAGAUUGAUGCUUAAAACUAAAAUUAAUAAGACUUUGUUAAUAAUCUUUUUCAUUUUUCAAAAGCAAAAACAACAUUUUAAAAGCUGCAAAAUUAAACAGGGCUUAGCCGAUGCUACUUCAAUUUAGGUGUGAUAUAUCUAAUGAAAUACGAAUACAUACUAGCUUCAGAGUAUUUUGAAUCCUCAAUUUAAGUUAGUCUCAAUAGUAUUGGAAUGAGCAGCUUUUAAUAUUGUCUAAAAAAAUAAUAUGUCAAGCAUUCUGUAUGA